AUGCCUCCCACCAGGGACCCUUUGCAGCACACUAAGUUAGAUAACGAUGAUUCCUACUUGGGAGAAACGCGGGCUUCCAAGAAAUUGCCAUACAAGAAUCCAACUCACCUUGCUCAGCAAGAGGAACCCUGGUGUCGGCUCAGCUCAACUCCCACAAUUACUUCCAUGAGGCGGGAUACCUAUUUUUUUGAUCCUGAGAUACCCAAGGAUGACCUGGAUUUCCGCUUAGCAGCCUUGUACAACCACAACACUGGGGUGUUCAAGAACAAAAGUGAGAUACUGUUACACCAGGAAACCAUCCAGGACACCCGUGGAUUCAAGACCCAAUUCCCUGGGGAAUUUUUACCCCCUCCCUCUCCGCCCCCCAUCACUUCCCGGGCUAACAUCAGACACUGGAUCAAUCCUAAGAAGGAGUCCAUCCACAGCAUCCAGGGAUCCAUAGUGUCCCCUCACACUGCAGCCACCAAUGGAGGUUACUCCCGAAAGAAUGAUGGUGGCUUCUUCUCCACCUAA